AUGGGAGCUCGGUUAGGGGUAAGUUUUUUAAAUAAUGAUGAUGAACUUAAUAAAUUACCUUCAAAAAAAAAGUAUACUAAUUUCAAUAAUGGUCAUGUGGGUUGUAACCAUGUAUAUUUUUACGAACUUGUAAAAUCUCAUCUAAAACAAGAGGAAUGGAAGAAGGAUGUUUCUAACGAAAUACUUAAGGCCUUAUGUUAUGUAUAUAAUACAUAUAAUCAAGGGAAUUUUAAUAGUGAUGAUUGUUAUUAUCUCUACCAUUGGUUAAAUGAUAUAAUAUAUAAUAAUAUAACAUAUCAAUUACAUUAUAUAAGUGUUAUAACAGUACUUGAGUUUUUACUAAAAAGUAAUGAAGGUUUUAAUAUAUGUGACUAUAAGGAAUAUAAUAUCAAUAACGAAAAUUAUAGGAAUAUUAAGAAAUUAUUUGAUUUUUCGAAAGACUAUGAUGAUCUUGCAAAAUAUUUUAGUACAGGUCAGAAAAUUUGUAAUAGUGACUUUAAAAAUUAUCUGGAUGAACAUAUCAGAAUUUAUAACGAGUUCAAAAACAAGUGUAAAAAUUUAAUGAGUGAUAAUGCGACUUGUAUAUUUUUUCAUAAGUAUUUUCAAGGUAAGACUGAAAAAGACUUAACUAAAUGGAAAUUCACAUUAGAAGGAAGUAGUCAUAUUUAUGCAGCACAAGAAGAAAAACAUACAAUAUUAGGACAAUCAAAUGAAGAAGGAGUAAAAACACUACAGAUACAUGCACUUAUAAAAUCAGAUAAGGAAAAAACAGCACUUGAAAAUGUAAAUCAAAGUGCAUAUAUUAAUGCAGAUAAAGAAGAUUUAAAUCAUCAACUAUUGGGUCAUUCUCUUUUCACAAUAGAAAGACCAAUAUUAAGUGCCAUUAUUGAUAAUUCAGGUACUCCUUCAGAUUCAACCUCAAAAAGUAUGGUAAUCCCAGCUUUAGGUAUAGGUUUUUCCAUUUUUUCUAUUAUAUUGUGCAAAGUAAUUAUUAAUUUUACUCCAGUUGGAUAUUGGUUAAAAAAAGCAUUACUAGGAAAAUCUAAAAGCAAACGUAAUAUUAUGAUGGAUAGGAAUAUAAUAGAAGAUUAUUCUAUUCCAGAAGUUUUAGAUUCACCGAGAAGACUUAAUAUAAUAUACAGAAAUAUAUAA